UACAUAGCAAAGCUUUUCCAUUCCAUCAAAGUCAGUCUUCUUCUAAUCUUCUCCGGUACAUAAUUUCUACAACCAUCAAAACCGGAUCAAAUCAGAAAGCUAUUUCCGAUGAAAUCCAUGGCUGCUCCUCCGUCUUCCCUCCUCGGUCCACCUGAAAUCCACCGCCAAACCACCACCACCACCCGAAGGGCGGCCACCGACCGCUUCAUGGAUCUAAUGGUGGCCAAUUUCAACUCCGGCGGUCUCACUUCAGACCCACCCAUGGGCUACACAGAGAAUUUCUCCCGAACCUUCCUCUCCACUGGAAACCCCUGUCUCGACUUCUUCUUCCACGUCGUCCCCGACACCCCUGCCUCAACCCUAACCCACCGUCUCCAAUCGGCCUGGGAUCACAACCCCCUCAUCGCCCUCAAAUUGGUCUGCAAUUUGCGUGGCGUUCGGGGCACCGGCAAGUCCGACAAGGAAGGGUACUACACGGCGGCUCUCUGGCUCCACAACCACCACCCCAAAACCCUCGCCUGCAAUGUCGCCUCUCUCGCCGACUUCGGUUACUUCAAGGACUUGCCGGAGAUUCUCUACCGCCUUCUCGAAGGCCCCGACGUCCGCCGAAUAGCCAAGCAAGAGUGGAAGUCAAGGAAAUCGGGGAACAGAAGGGUUCCGGUGCGACCUGGAGUAUUCAGAGGAGGAUUGAAACCGAAGAAGGUGGAAAGGUCGCCGAGAGAGGCUAGGGUUUUAGCGGAAAUGAAGAGGGCAGAGAUCGAGAAAGAGAUGGCGAGUAAUUCGAGGGAAGAUAAGAAGAUCGCCGCUGCGAAAAAAGCCUUGGAACGGUACAGCCGAGAUCCGGAUUACCGGUUCUUGUUCGACCGCGUUUCGGACCUCUUCGCCGAAUGCCUUAAAUCCGAUAUUAACAGCUUGAAUUCCGGCGAAUCGAACAAGAUCAGCCUCGCUGCCAAGUGGUGUCCUUCUCUGGACUCUUCUUUCGAUCGUUCGAUUCUGCUCUGCGAGAGCAUUGCGAGGAGGGUUUUCCCUCGCGAGUCUUACCCUCAAGAAUACGAAGCCAUUGAAGAUGCUCAUUACGCUUAUCGCGUUCGUGAUCGGCUUCGAAAGCAAGUCCUCGUGCCUCUUCGUAAAGCCUUGGAAUUGCCCGAGGUUUACAUUGGGGCUAACCAGUGGAAUUCAAUCCCUUACAACAGAGUCGCCUCUGUAGCCAUGAAAUUGUACAAAGACAAGUUCUUAAAGCAUGACAAAGAACGAUUCGAGGAAUAUCUGGAGAGAGUGAAGUCCGGGAAGGCCACGAUUGCUGCCGGAGCGUUGUUGCCGCACGAAAUCAUUGGAGCGUUGAAUGAUGGAGAUGGUGGCCAAGUUGCAGAGCUUCAGUGGAAGAGAAUGGUGGAUGAUAUGUCCAAGAAGGGGAAGCUAAAGAAUUGUCUAGCAGUCUGUGAUGUAUCGGGUAGUAUGGAAGGUAUUCCAAUGGAGGUAUCUGUUGCUCUUGGUGUGUUGGUUUCAGAACUGAGUGAAGAGCCAUGGAAAGGGAAGCUCAUUACAUUUAGCCAUAACCCAAAGCUUCAGAUGGUUGAAGGAGACAAUUUGAUAUCGAAGAUUGAGUUUGUAAGGCGUAUGGAAUGGGGGAUGAACACUGAUUUCCAGGCAGUGUUUGAUUUGAUAUUGCAAGUGGCUGUAAAUGGGAAUUUGAGCGAGGAAGAGAUGAUCAAGAGAGUGUUUGUGUUUAGCGACAUGGAAUUUGAUCAGGCUUCCUUUUGUCCUUGGGAAACGGAUUACCAGGCGAUAGUGAGGAAGUUUGGAGAGAAGGGGUAUGGAUCCGCAGUGCCGGAGAUUGUGUUCUGGAAUUUGAGGGAUUCGAGGGCGACCCCGGUGCCAGGGAACCAGAAAGGGGUGGCGCUUGUGAGUGGAUUUUCGAAGAAUUUGAUGACUAUAUUCUUGGAGGAAGGUGGGGAUUUGAACCCAGAGGCUGUCAUGGAAGCUGCCAUUGCUGGUGAAGAGUAUAAGAAACUUGUUGUGCUUGAUUGAUCAUAUAAUAAUAUUAAGAAACUCGAAUAGAGGACCAAUCAGUUUAAAUUUUCCCAGCCUCUCUGAAGGUAAUGAGACAGACAUGUAAAUCUUGAAAAUUUAAUAAAGAAAAUCACUUUAUUCCAUUUUUUGA